AUGCUAGGUUCAAGGUAGCGACUGCUCAGGUAGAAGCCAUGGCUCACAGGCUCUGCCUCUCCUGCUGGCUGUUGGUCUGCUGGUUGGUGGUAAUGGUGGCAGAAGGACAAGUAGUCACCCCUCCUGGAGGCUCACAAAACAAUGAGGACCCUACAGACUGCCAGAUCUUCACACUCACCCCUCCACCUGCCACAAGGAGGCCGGUGACAAGGAUCCAGCCCGUCACAAGGACACCCAAGUGUCCUUUCCAUUUUUUCCCAACACGGAGGCCCAGAGUCCAAAUUAGGUUUCCAAACAGACCUUUCCUCCCUCCCAGGUGCAACCACCGUUUUCAGUACCGUCCAUUUUUCCUGCCAAACCAUCGUCUUCGUCCACAUUAUAACUAUUUCCCCAGAAGACGACUCCGGAGAGGAAGCUCCUCUGAGGAAAGAAGAGGGAAGAGAGAAGCCCCAACCCUGCUCGGUCAGAGGAGGUCAAUACCUCAGAUAAGACUAUAAAAAUAGUUCUGUUUCCUUUUUCCAACUAAAAUUGCUGAAUUGGAAACUUAUCUUAAACACCACUGACUAGAAAUUGUUCUCCUUGCCAGCAGUGAAGACACUGGUGCAUAGGUCAUUCAAGUUUGCAAAAUAGGAGCAAUAACCACAUUAUUCUUAUCCCCAAAUUUUUACGACCACAAAUGUUUGUGCAAAUAAAACCCUAAAAUGAGAGGUUCUGGUCAUUCCUGUCCAUACUGAGAUGCCAGAGAACCAGCUCCAUCUUCUAAAUUAGAGCGAGGAGAAUUCAAUAAAUCAAGAUUGCUAUAGAUCAAAUGAAGACAUUAAUGAAGCCCUUUUAUACUCACUGGAAGACUUAUGAGCAAGGUGCAUUUACAAAGUAAACUUUAAAAGAAAUCAUGGAAAACUGAAAGCUUUAUUUAAAGCAUGUUGGCAGGGAUAUAACUAGUGGUUAUUUAUUCAUUUACUAUAUUUUUAUUGAGGUACAAUUGGCAUAACAUCACAUAAGAAUUCAAUAUUUGUAUAUAUUGCAAAAAUGGCCACCACAAUAAGUCCAGUUAACAUUGACACCAACCAUAAUCACAAAUUUAUUUUUCCUUGUGAUGACAACUUUCAAGAUCCAAUCAGUUUUCUCACAACAACAAUUUUAAAGAUUAAACUAAAUUAUAGGUCAUCUGACUAUAGAUAACACUUUAAAGCUAUCAUAAACUGAAUUACCUGACCCCAGAACUCUUUUUAAUUAUAAUAUCUAAAUGUACUUUAAUGUUAACUUUUUAAGCAAAUGAGCAUAAGUAUCUCACUUUCUUGAAUUGUCAUCAUAUAGAUACUAGCUUAAAUGAUACACUUCCCCUAAAACUUUCAAUGUGAUCUGGGCUCAAAGUCUGAUUAAGGUGACAUGAAUGUUCGCCCAACUCUAGGACUCCACAGACCUAAGUUUACUCCUCUAUAGGAAGCCUGUAUUUCGAGGGUGCAAUAUAAGUCGCCCAUCCCACAGAUGACAUCCAUUGGUUAUUUCUUUAGCCAUUCCGUAACAUACCAACUCCCGUUUGUACCGCUCAUCUUGCCUGUAACAGAGGAACUAGUUUUGUACAUGUGGUCUGUAUCUUAACACCUCUUCCUCCCAAGAACUAUGUGCAAAAGUUGCUGCUGGUGCUGCUGAUUCUACAAAGAAAAGAAAGAACAUAAAGAUGUGAGGUCGCUGGGAACGCUGCCUGGGAACUGGAAAGAGAUUGCUUUGCUUCCUGGCUGUAUUAAAGAUAAGGGGGGUGCGGGGGGGACACACAACUAUUUCCUUUACUCACUUCAUAACAAAUUUUCAUUAUAAGAACAGAUAUUUGCUUCAAAAUGUCAGGCUUCAAUAAAAUCUAUACUUGAAAUCCUCAUUAAGAAAUU